AGGAAAGAUGGCAUCAAGACAGCCUGAUGUCACAGUUCAGUCUGUGUUGGGUAAGAUCAGUCGAGAUCAUCUGGAAUGUCCCAUUUGCUCCGACCGUUUCACUGAGCCUAAGGUGCUUGACUGUCUGCACUCUUUUUGCCAGAAAUGUCUCGAAAAAGUCAGACAGAGUCAACGUUCACAGGAUGCAAAACUUGUGUGUCCCCUCUGCAGACGUGACACCAUAUUAAAGGGAGACGUUUCCGAUUUGCCAAGUGACUUCAAACUGAGCGCCUUGGUGGAUGAGGUCAACGUCUAUGAAAAGUUACUUGAAGGUCAAAGGUCGGAGAUCAAAUGUCAAGCCUGUGAUGAAGAGAAUCAGGCUGUGUCAAGAUGCAUGGACUGUGAUCAUUUUCUCUGCAAACAAUGCCAGGCAGCACACAAGCGUUUGUCUUUAAUGAAAACGCAUCAAAUCUACACACUGGCCCAGCUUCAAUCAGGAGAGGUAACUUACAAGAGUAAGAUUAGAGAGUACACUCCAAAAUGUGGCAAGCAUUCCGAUCAAAAUCUCACUAUUUACUGUAACACAUGUGAGAAGUUGGUGUGCACAACUUGUGCUAUUCUAGAUCAUGAGAGACACUCUCGUGUUGAUCUACCUGAAGCUGUCGAUAAGUGCAAACGAGAUGUUGCUAGAAUGUCUGUAAAAGCUGAACAGAACAAAGCAAAACUGAAAACAAACAUAAGUGAAGUAGAUGACAACUACAGAAAGCUGAAUGCCAUGCAUGCAGACACCACCAAGAAAAUCUCCAGUAAGGCUGACAAGGAGGUAGCUAGAAUCAUGGAGGAGAUUUCAAGGAUCAGAGAGAAAGAGCAGAAAUUGAAGGAGGAGGCAGAUACAGUCUUGAAAGACAGAACCAAGACAUUGGAAACUGCUCGUGCCACAAAUGACAGUCGUCUGACUCAGACUGAGAAAAAACUGGAUGAGGUGAACCAAUUCAUGGUUCAAGCAAGUUGCUACGAGAUUCUGGAUUUCAAGCCUAAACUCCUGUUUAACCUGAAAGAAUUGACUGAAGAACAACCUGAGAAAGAGCUGGAUAGUUUGUCCUCCAUUAUGGAUUUUGAUGAGGCGGAGGGUAUUGGGAGGCUACUUGGGAGGCUGGUGCUGGAUGAUACACAAACACUCAACCUUGAGGGUUCACAGAGAGCUGUAAGAUGGGAGCUGAAAAGACAGAUGAAGACAUUUGGACAAACAAAGAAAACAUUUGGCAAUGUUGAUGGAAUUGCAGCAUUCUCUAAUAAUGAUAUUGUCGCAUUAGACAGGGGGCAUAACAUGGUGAUUACUUUCUUAACAAAUGACGACCUCCAGUCUGAUGUAAUUUCACAAGAACUCCAAAUUGCAGGUCUUAAUCAUCCAUCCCAUGUUUCAGUAAACAAGGAUGAUGAAAUAAUCAUUCUUGAUGACCCUAAAGUCAUGACCUUCAAGAAGGAUUCGCCUCCCUGUCUCCAUCAGUUCCUCCCUGGUAGCUACAGGGAGAUGGACAGCACCCCAACCGGCCUUGCAGUGGAUGACGGGGAUAUGAUAGCAGUGGGUUAUGAGGAAGAAGAAGAGAUCUCACUGCACAAGAGAGACGGAUCCCUCAUCAGGAGAAUACCUGCUCCAAAGAUCGGGUCAAAUUUGAUUAUCUAUAAGCAGCAGCUUGUCUACACAUGCAAAAACAAAAAACAACUAUCAUCAGUUGACAGCUCGGGUAACAGAGUCUUUUCAGUUGAUAUUCCCAGCCAUGAGAAUAAGCAAGGGAAGUGGUACGCUAACGGUCUGUGUUGCGACAAAGAUGGCAACAUCUACGUUGCUGUACAUGGGUGGCCUUUUAUGCAUGAACAAGGCGAAGUUCAGCGUUUCAGUCAUGAUGGACAGUACAUAGACUGUGUCAUCAAGGAGUGUGGUCACCCAGAUGGCAUCUCAUGUACACCAGCUGGUGGACUGGUUCUGGCUUCAGGAAGUUGUAUUCUAGUUUAUCAUCAAGUGUAAACACCGACAACGAAUGUCAAA